AUGCCACAGAAAAUGGCGAGGCUCGUGCCAAGGAGAUCACCUAUGCUACCGCAGGAUGGUAGUAUGGGGCUUGCUAUGCAGAGUAGAGCAGUUGAUACACGAGUUCAACUGGGUAUUAGAGAGGGUGAACCGGAGGGCACACUUGUUGGCACAAUACCAGUGAAGCCGGACUUCACGUACAGGUUCAACGAGCCCCCGCAGGAGUUCACGCUGGACCCGGAGACGGGACAAAUUAGAACCGCCAAAGUGCUGGACAGAGAGGCACUGCCGAGUGACAAAUUCGAUCUCGUUGUUCUCUCGAGUCAGCCGACGUACCCCAUAGAGGUCAGAAUUCACGUCAUAGAUGUCAAUGAUAAUGAUCCGGAGUUUCCAGAGUCGAGUAUAGCUGUCAGCUUCUCGGAGUCAGCUGCUGCUGGAACGAAAUUACUCCUUGACGCUGCUACCGACAGAGACACACCUGAGAAUGGUGUUGUCGAUGAUUAUUUCAUCGUCGACGGCAAUACCGAUGGGAAAUUUCGUCUCGAUGUUACGGCUAAUCCCAGCGGUGAAACGACGUAUCUUCAUUUAGAGACGACUGGCAAACUUGACAGGGAACAGGUUGAAUUUUAUUCCCUAAACGUGUGCGCGCGGGACCGUGGCAAACCCCCGAGACUCGGUUAUUUACUCGUUAAUGUUACGGUACUUGACGUCAAUGACAAUCCACCGAUUUUCCAGCAGAGUGACUAUGUUGUUGCGCUGAAUGAGAGUGCACCCGUGGGAACAAAUGUUCUGACUGUUAAAGCUACUGAUAAAGACACCGAGGACAAUUCGAAAUUAACGUAUUACUUGCCGGACAGCGAGGGACAGUUUACAAUUGAUCCUGAAACUGGUGCUAUUACAACAGCAGAAGCUCUCGACUGUCCGCAGCAGAGUUGCACCGCAACCAGACCCGGUGGUAGUUGUCCAAAGAGCUGUGUAAUAACUGUUUUCGCCCGGGACCACGGCUCACCACGCCAGGAUGGCAGAACUUACGUAACAGUUAAUCUACUCGAUGCUAAUGAUCACGAUCCAGAAAUAAAAUUCAGCUAUUUCCCGGCAACAGCUGGAUUCGCAACAGUGGAUGAAAAUGCCGCUAAAGAUUCAAUAGUGGCGGCCGUUGCUGUUGUUGACAAUGACGAGGGUCUCAAUCGUGAGACAAGCGUGGAGAUUCGCGCUGGCAAUGAGCUGGCUCACUUUCGUCUCGACAAUACCCAGAGCUUCGACAUUGUACGGGUUAAUGGUAGACUCGAUCGUGAAGAAAUUCCAAAAUAUAAUCUCACAAUUGUUGCCACUGACAAAGGAACACCGCCAAGAUCGGCAACGGCAUAUCUCGUUAUACAUGUUAACGAUGUGAAUGAUCAUGAUCCAGUAUUUCAACAGAGUGAAUACUCAGCUGUGCUGUCUGAGCUGUCGCCAAUCGGCAGUUUUGUGGCAAGUAUUUCAGCGACUGACGCUGACUCCGGUCUCAAUGCAAGGAUUUACUACGACUUUGACACGGGCAAUGAACAAUCGUGGUUUGUAAUCGAUCAGGACACGGGUUUGGUAACAACAGUGGCAACACUCGACCGUGAAAUUCAGGGAAGCAUUGAGUUGAGGGUCACUGCCAGGGAUGGUGGGCCAAAUCCGAGGUAUGCAUCGACCCACCUGAGGGUCACUGUACUUGAUGAGAACGACGAGGCCCCAAGGUUCAGUCAGAGUAUCGUCGAAGUAACAUUAUCCGAGAAUACACCACCGCACAGUUUAGUGGCAACCCUAGCAGCUGUUGACAAUGAUCAAGGGACAAAUGGAAGUAUUGCUUACAGCUUACACCCAAGUGUCCUCAGGGAUUAUCCCAAGACAUUUGCUCUUGAUGCGCUCACGGGACAAUUAACAACGAAAAUUCCGUUAGACAGGGAAACAGUCGGCGAUUACCGAGUGCUAGUGGUCGCGCGAGAUCAAGGAACUCCACCGCAGUCAUCUACAGCUACUGUUUUACUUUCACUGGAGGACGUUAAUGACAAUGCUCCUGUAUUUUAUCCAAGGAGUUAUUUAAUGCCAAUUCCGGAGGACACUGCACCGGGCACUGCGAUUGGAAGGGUCACAGCAACGGACGCUGAUGCCAGGGAAAAUGCACGAGUGAGGUAUACACUGGAGUCCGGUGGUGAGGGAUUAUUCAGUGUUGAUGAGAGAACUGGGGAAAUUACACUCCAGGGAUCUCUGCGUGUUGCACAGAAGACCCUCUACACACUGACAAUAUCGGCUAGGGACAAGGGGAAUAGAGUAGCUGCUAAAAAUGCAGUAGUCGAAAUUUUGAGACGAGAAGACUUAGAACACUUAGAAUUCGAUACCUACAAUGGCUACGAGUUUAAAAUUACCGAGGACAGGGGUGACUGCACUGACGUCUCCCCGGGAUACAACCGGGAAGUCGGCUCUGUCCAAGUAACCCACUUCGCCACAUCGAAGGUGUCUUACGCAAUAGUUUACGGAGACCCUCGUGGCAAUUUCAAGAUCGAUGAGCAUUCAGGUGUCAUAUCAACAGCUGGGUGCCUCGAUCGUGAGGAGGUUGCUUACUACAGCCUCCGUGUAACAGCAAAAACUGGUCUAGCGCGGGGAAUGACUUCUGUUAACGUGACAGUCCUAGAUGUCAAUGACAAUCCACCUAAAUUCCGAAAAGGAGAAAAAGGCGAUGAGGUUUUGCUGAAGGAGAACGCCGCGGUGGGGCAGGAAGUCUGUCUGGCGAGAGCGCGAGACAGAGAUGUAGGCGUCAAUGCUAGAAUAACUUACACACUGACGCACAAUCCUGGGGGACAAUUUAGGGUAGCCGAACACUCGGGUAUUAUUUAUUUAGAUAAACCUAUCAGGGCUUCUCCGGGUACAGUGCUAACGCUGGAAGUCACUGCUGUGGACACUGGUGCACAGCCUCUCUCGGCUCAACAUCAAGUGAGAGUAACGGUUGAGGAUGUCAAUGAUCACACACCAGUGUUCAAAUUACCGAGCUACGAAAUUUCACUGCUGGAAUCAACUCCAGUGAAUGAAAGAUUCUUUGCUCUUCGCGCAUCCGACACAGAUCUCGGCGCUAAUGGUAGAGUUCUGUACAGCGUAACUGAUGGAAAUCAAGAGGAAAGAUUUGGCAUAUUUCCUGACGGUCAAUUAUACGUCAAACACUCCCUCGAUCGUGAAGAGCAGGACUAUUACGCGUUGGAAGUAACAGCCAGUGAUCAGGGUGUGCCAAGUCGAAGCUCAGUGGUACCCGUUGUUGUGCACAUAAUUGAUGAGAAUGACAAUGCACCGCAAUUUACAAAUUCCUCCUUCACCUUUCACAUACGCGAAAAUGAACCACCGGAUACAUUUGUUGGUAAAUUACUUGCAGCUGACAGAGACGUGGGAAGAAACGCCGAUCUGACGUUCUCAUUACCAUCAACCCAACAAGACUUUAUUGUUGAUCCGAGGAAUGGUUUUAUCAAGUCACUUCAUGUUUAUGAUCGCGAGCAGUUGGUCGCCAAUACAGGCACCAGUCAUAUCAGUCUGGAGGCAACAGUCACUGACAAUGGUGUCAAUCGUUUGCGUGAUAAGGUUAAAGUUACGAUUUACGUAACUGACGUUAAUGAUAAUGCACCGCAAUUCCAACGUCUACCCUAUCGCGUACAAAUUAGUGAGGGUGCUACAAUAGGCACACAACUGUUGAGGGUCUACACGACAGAUGCCGAUGAGAAGCUCAAUGGGGAUGUAUUUUACUCCCUCGAGGAUGGCAAUCAGCAUGGCAGAUUUGUCAUUGACGAGGCGACCGGUCAGAUAUCCCUCGCGAAAAGCCUCGAUCGCGAGACCCUGGACAAUUACGUAUUGACCGUAGUGGCUCACGACGCGGGGUUAGAGGUGAGACUCUCCUCGAGUGCCACAGUGACCAUUGAAAUUCUCGAUGAGAACGACAACGCCCCGAAAUUCAUCGACAACAAGUCGCAAAUAUCGGUGAUCGAGACAACACCAAUUAACACAGAAUUGCUGAGAUUCAAAGCCACUGAUGACGACCUUGGUGCAAACUCGGAGUUGACCUUUGGUAUCACCGCAGGCAACAGGCGAGAUGCGUUUCACAUUGACCCACUCACUGGCGCUUUAUACCUGAGGAAACCUUUGGAUUACGAGGAACUUGAGAGUUACACGUUGAACAUAACAUGCACCGACGGAGGUCACCCGAAGCUCAGCUCAGUAACAACGCUGAGGGUCGAUGUGAUUGACGCCAAUGAUAAUCCACCGGCAUUUCCCAACACAGCUAUUGUACGUCAAAUUAGAGAGGGAAUAACUGUGAGAACACCUGUGCAUUCUGUAACAGCGGAGGAUCCUGAUUCUGGGGAGAAUGGGGCUGUUACUUAUGCAAUAGCCAGUCAGGAUCCGCAGGACGACAGGAGGCACUUUGGAAUCAAUCCGACAACUGGAGUCAUCCACACACUGCUUCCGAUAGACAGGGAAGAGGUGGACACUUUUAAAUUAGUGGUGGUGGCCACGGACAGGGCGCAGCCACCUUCGGCGAGGCUAUCAGCCGAAAAGCUGGUGAUUGUGAUCGUUGAGGACUUGAACGAUAAUGCGCCGAUAUUCGUCAGCAUGUCGGCAGCGGUAUUACCCUCCAAAUCGAGCCUCAACUCCAAUUUGGGGAAGGAGAUCCCGGUGUCUCGACUCCUAGCCCGCGAUUUGGACUCCAGCACCAACGGGCUGGUGACCUACGAGCUCAUGCGACCGAGUGUCAACUUUUCGGACAUGUUCAAGGUCCACAGGAGCACCGGAGUCAUCACAAUGAGGCUUCCCAAGACUCUGAAGACUAUGGAGAAGACCUCCAGGUAUCAAAUUGGGGUCAGAGCCACUGACGAAGCUGUUCAAGCUGAACGCCGAUCGUCAGAGACUUACCUCACCCUCAUUGUACCUGGUGAGAACGAUGACAAACCUGUUUGGGAUCAUCAUGGGCCUCUCGAAGGCACUGUGUACGAGAAUGAGCCACCUGGCACAAGCAUACUACGAGUGAGUGCACAUUCACGAAGAUCUGGCGUUGAUAUUGAGUACUAUGUGACAAACGUAACUGCUGGCAGUGGUGGUGAACAAGUGGAUAGACUGUUUGACGUUGAUAUUAAGAGUGGACUGCUGCAAACUUCCGGAGCCCUUGAUAGAGAGACUGGCGUCGAGUGGUACGAGGUGGAGAUUUAUGCUGUUGCUAAUGGUGGCGAAAGACCCAGUACUUCAUUCAUCAAGGUUCGUGUAACGGUCCUCGACAAAAACGACGUGGCACCCUCUUGGAUGCCGGGACCGUGGCGAUUUGAGGUGUCUGAGGAGGCGCCACCGGGCACAGUAGUCACGAUAUUAAAGGCCCUUGAUCCUGAUACAAUUGGCACCCUCAGAUACACAUUAGUAUCGUUGAAUAAAAAAUCACUGAUUGACGAAGAGGAUUCAACGCACGACGUUGAUACCGGCGAAGUGGAGAGACAAUUUCGUUUGGACGCUGUUACCGGACAGUUGAGACUCGUCGAGGCACUUGACAGAGAGACCCAAGAGAAGUAUGUACUGAGGGUUCGAGCCGACGAUGGAAUUCAACACACCGAUAUUAAUCUAAUUGUCCAGGUGACCGACACCAACGACAAUGCACCGGUCUUCCAGUCCAUGGCUUACUCCUUUGAUGUACCUGAGAAUGUACCCAGGGGCAGUCGUGUUGGACAAGUUGUGGCUGUUGAUGCUGAUGGAGAUGGGGACAAUAGUCGCAUCAGUUAUGCACUCAUUUCCGACUGGGCGAAUGAUGUUUUCUCGCUGAAUCCCAGUACUGGCGUCUUUACGCUUACUUCUAGUCUUGACUAUGAACAGGUCCAGCACUACAUCCUGGUUGUACAGGCAACUGAUUCUGGUGUACCAGCAUUAUCAACUACCGUCACGGUCUACUGCAAUGUUGUUGACUUGAACGACAAUACACCGGUAUUCGAGCCGGGUCCACAUGGCACUGAUGUACCCGAGAAUGCGACAAUUGGCACUGCUGUACUCUCGGUUAUUGCCCAGGAUCUUGAUUCCGGGGACAAUGGACGGGUCAUUUAUGAUGUUUUGAGUGGCGAUGAUGAGGGGGUUUUUGGGGUCGCGGAGAACGGCACUGUCUUCACCAGGAAACAACUCGACAGGGAGGACAGGGCUAUUUAUAAUCUUGUUAUCAGGGCGAGGGAUAGUCCAGCGUCACCUGCUAAACCACUCACUUCAACUGUUCAGGUAACAAUCGUCCUGCUGGACAUAAACGACGUUGCCCCCGAGUUUAUAACCCCAAAUCAAACCUCAGUGAUGGAAAACGCGCCAACGAACACGAUUGUAAUGGCAAUAAAAGCGGUGGACAAGGACGAGGGUCGAAACGGUUACGUUGAGUACUCCCUGGAGGACACGUCAGUUCCGUUCAAUCUCGGGGCAGUUGACGGCCUCCUCCGGGUGUCAGGACACCUCGAUCGCGAGCGCAGGCAGAACUACACCCUCACGGUGACAGCACGCGACCGCGGCGAACCGCCGAAGUCAUCGUCAGUGAUCAUAACUGUAAUCGUCCUAGACGAGAACGACAACUCUCCGAUAUUCAAUCCCAGGCAGUACUCUUCGACGGUAGCUGAGAACGCCAGCAUCGGUGCGAGUGUUCUCCAGGUGUCAGCCACCGACAGGGACGAGGGGGCCAACGGCCGGGUGCGGUACAGCAUCGCAAUGGGCGACGAAAACCGGGACUUCACUAUCUCCGAGGACUCUGGGGUCAUCAGGGUCUCUAAAAACCUGAAUUACGAGAGGAAGUCGCGGUACAGACUGACCGUCAAGGCCGAGGACUGCGCCACGGAGGUGGGGGAGAGCUCCCGGGAAGACACCGCUGAAGUCAUCAUUAAUGUUCUGGAUAUUAAUGAUAAUGCCCCGGUCUUCUUGGACUCACCGUAUCUUGCGCAUGUUAUGGAGAAUAUGGUACCGCCUGGCGGUGGCUUCGUCAUUCAGGUUAAAGCGUACGACGCCGAUACACCACCGUACAACGACCAGGUCAGAUAUUUCCUGAAGGAGGGAGACACGGAUCUGUUUCGCAUUAAUGCCAGCACGGGAGAUGUUUUUCUGCUGAGACCACUCGACAGGGAAAUGGUCCCCGAGUACACUUUAACGCUCGUUGCAAUGGAUACAGGUUCACCCCCUUUGACUGGCUCGGGUGUCCUGAAAGUCGUUGUACUGGAUGUGAAUGACCACAGUCCUGAAUUUUCACGUACCGAUUACAGGGCCGAUGUCAUUGAGAAUCAACCGGCUGGUACUUGGGUAGCUAAACCGACAGCUGCUGAUAAAGAUGAUGGAUUGAAUGCAAAAAUUAGGUACAGCCUCCUGGGCGAGAACGCCGAGCGUUUUUCCGUGAAUCCGGACACCGGAGAAGUCCUGACCGUUGCCCCCCUAGACCGCGAGCAAGCUCCGAUCUACCACCUGACCCUAGUAGCUCAGGAUUCGAGUCCGACGCAGCCCGGCGCCGCGGCCGUGAACCUCACGAUCUUCGUGAAAGACCUGAACGACAACGCCCCAAGGUUCUCAAGUCCCCGCUACACCGCCUACAUCCCCGACUCGACAGAGCCCGGGGACUUUGUCUUCGGAGCGAAGGCGGUGGACGAGGACGAGGGCGACAACUCCCGGAUCGUCUACCACCUGCAGGGAGAAGACGCCAAACUCUUCGUCAUAGACCAAUCAAACGGAGUGAUAAGAGCAGCGCAGGAUCUGUCCAACGGCAAGGCGACGUACCAGCUCCAAGUGAAGGCCUCGGAUUCCGGAAGAUCCUCCCAGACGGUAACCGCGGACCUGGUGAUCCACCUGUGGGACCACCAGCUCUUCCCCAGCUUCCGAUCAUCGAUCAACACCAAGUUCAUUCUCCCCGAGGACAUCCCCGAGGGGCGAAUCAUCACAACUUUGAGUGCCUCGACCCCAAAAACCGGAGCUGCCAGCAAUCUGGUCUUCGGCAUGGCAGGUGGAAACGUAGGAGACGCCCUGAGGAUCGAGCCCCACUCCGGAGAGGUCCUGGUGGCUGCCGGCUUCGACUUCGAGACGGCGCCGUACUACGAGGCCUGGGUGGAAGUCAGGGACUCCGACAAUCCCCCACUCCGGAGUGUCGUUCAACUCCUGAUCAACGUAACAGACGCCAACGACAACGCCCCGGUGAUGGAGGCUCCCGUCUACAACGCAACCGUCGCGGAAGAGGAGUACCCACCCCUCUACGUGACGAGGGUCUCCGCGAGGGACGCAGACUCCGGUGAAAACGGCCAGAUAACGUAUCACCUGGUCAACGACUUCGACGAGUUCUUCGUCAUCGACGAGAACUCCGGGGAGAUCCAGACGAAUAUGAAGCUGGACAGAGAGGACGUGAGCUCCUACGAGCUGGUGGUCGAAGCUAGGGAUCAAGGGGAGCCUACGUUAUCAGGUACAGCUACGGUGUUGGUAACAGUUCUCGACAAGAACGACAACCCUCCGAGGUUCACCAGACUCUUCAGCGUCAAUGUCACCGAGAACGCCGAGGUGGGAUCCUUCGUGAUCAGGAUAACCAGCAGUGAUCAGGACAUCGGGGAGAACGCCAAUGUGACGUACACGUUCACUGACAAUCCAGGGGGGAAAUUCUCGAUCGAUCCUGUGACGGGAAACGUCGAGGUGGUGGGGUAUUUAGACAGGGAGGAGCAGGACGAGUACUUGGUGAAGAUCAGGGCAGUCGACGGGGCGUGGGGAGCCGAGACCACGUUGACCAUCACCAUUCAGGACCAGAACGACAAUGCCCCCGAGUUCUCGGAGGAGUCCUACCACUUCCACUUCCCCGAGAUGCAGACGAGGAAGGCGCACGUUGGCCAGGUGACGGCCACAGACAUUGACAAGCAGGGACCGAAUUCAGUAAUCUCUUACAGCCUCCUUCAACCCUCCGACUUGUUCUCGGUGGAUCCAGCCACUGGGGACAUCUACAGCAAGAGAACCAUCCGGUACAAACACACUAACAGACCGUCAUCACCGGAGAAUCUUUACCCGUUGACAGUCGUUGCGACGGACAAUGGGAGACCGCCGUUGUCAUCGAGAACAACCGUCUUCAUCAGUAUCGUUGAUGCCAACAACAACGCGCCCAGAUUCGAGCAGACGUCGUAUCUGUCUCCAGUCCCCGAGGGCCUCACAACGGGAAAGAGGAUUGUGAAGCUCUCCGCGAAGGACGAGUCGGACUUUGGCGUCAACGCAGAGGUGGAGUACAGCCUGACCUCCGGAAACGCAACGGAUUAUUUUUCGGUAGAGGUGUCCACAGGCUGGGUCUUCAUCUCCAAAAGCAUCAGUGGAAUUCCCGUGGGCUCCACCUUUUCGGCCAAAGCCAGGGCUGUUGACAAAGGUGUUCCUCCUCAGAGAGACCAAGUCCCCUUGAUCCUAGUCAUCACCGGAGAGAACCGACACGCCCCAGCCUUCGCAGCAGUGUCCUACCAGGUUCGAGUCCCCGAAAAUGAGCCCGUGAACACGACAAUCCUAACUGUCAACGCUGUAGACAGGGACGAGGGCCCCAACGGCAUGAUACGGUACAAAAUAUCCUCCAACAGCGACAGAAAGGAGUUCUCCGUCCACCCGAUCACCGGAGCCGUCACAAUCCUAGAGCCUUUAGACUACGACACGAUCCAAGAGUAUCGUCUCAACAUCAGCGCGACUGACCUGGGCUUCGAGCCCAAGACAGCAGUGGCCACUCUCACCGUCAACGUCUCCGACAUUAACGACAACCCCCCGACAUUCAACCAGAGUGUCUACGAGGCGUACCUCCCGGAGAACUCAAAACCCAACAGUUUCGUCUACAAAGUCGUCGCCAAGGACAUCGACUCCCCGAAAUACGCGAUAAUUCAGUACAAGAUUCUCGGAGGGAGUGGCAAAGACCACUUCCACAUCCAGCACGAGACCGGCAUCAUCACCUCGAGAAUGAGCUUCGACUACGAAGAGGCCAAUGAGUACACCCUGGACAUCGUAGCUGCCAACCCAGACUCCAAUCCCCAGAUGGUGGGGGUCACAACUGUUCUAGUUCACAUCACAGGAGUCAACGAAUACUACCCCAAGUUCAUUCAACCGGUCUUUCAUCUCGAUGUGUCUGAGAGCGCUGAUGUGGGGACCUCGGUGGGGCUUGUUCAGGCAACUGACCAGGACUCUGGGGAGGACGGAAGGGUUUAUUACCUGUUCGUUGGCUCCUCGAACGAUCGAGGGUUCUCCAUCGGUCCUGAGACGGGCAUCAUCUCGGUGUCGAGGCGGCUGGACAGGGAGACUCAGAACAGAGCUAUUCUCACUGUAAUGGCGAAGAACGGUGGGGGCAUCAGGGGGAAUGACACUGACGAGGCGCAGGUCAUCAUCUCGAUUCAGGAUGGCAACGAUCCUCCAGAGUUCCUUCAGAACAACUACGAGACGACUGUUCCUGAGGGCGCUCCUCUUGGGAGCAGGGUUCUCACUGUCAGGGCUGUUGAUAAAGACGUGAGGCCUCAGAACAAUCAGUUCUCCUAUUCUAUUAUCGGGGGGAACGCCGGCCAGACGUUCAAGGUCGAUCCACAGAGUGGAGACAUCGAGACUGCGAAGAUGCUGGAUAGGGAGACUGUUCCUUCGUAUCAAUUGAUCAUUGGGGCUAUUGACACCGGGUCCCCUCCGCAGACUGGCACUGCCACUGUCAGGAUUGAACUGCUGGAUAUCAAUGAUAACGGCCCCACCUUUGAUCCCCCUGAGAUCGUGGGGUAUGUGAAGGAGAACGAACCUGCUGGGACUAGCGUUAUGACGCUGACUGCCAAUGAUCCUGAUUUGCCACCCAAUGGGGCGCCUUUCACGUACAAAUUGAUUGGGGGGCGACAGGCUGAUGCUGUCACGUUGGAUAAACACUCUGGGGUGCUGAGGACUACGAGGAGUCUUGAUAGGGAGGUCAUGCCGCAGCUGGAUCUCUUGAUCGAAGUUGAGGACUCAGGAAUACCAAAGAUGAGGAGUGAGCACACAGUGACAGUGAUGAUACUAGACGAAAAUGACAGUCCAUCAGUGCCACGCUCAGUACACGUUAUUGUGUACUCAUUCAACGGUGAGAGACUCAUGGGAAAAAUAGCCGAUGUCCAUCCAAACGAUCCUGAUACCACCGGCGACUACACAUGCAAAAUACUCCAGGGCUCGAAUCCCGGUGUACUUGGUAUACCGAUCGGUUGCGAUUUACAUACCAGUAAAAUUACCCCCGGACACGGAUAUUCUCUGAGUAUAUCUGGCAACGACGGGCGUCACCCCGAUGUAGUCUCCAAAGUGACCGUGGAAUUCCUAGUCUUCUCAAAUUCCACAGUGGAGAACAGCGUGACCCUCCAGAUAUCUCGUUUGACAGCAUCUGAAUUUCUCUCAAAACACUAUCGACCCCUCCUCGACAUCCUGCAGGAGGAGACAGAGGCCGGCGAUACUCUGACCAUAUACAGCAUCGGGGAAACCGAUGGAAACUUGAAUAUUUAUCUCGCCAUAGAAACGCCACAAGGUUUCAAACAAAAGCCCGAGGUAAUAAAAUUCCUCUCCAAGCACCAGAAAAAGCUGCAGGACCUCCUGGAGGGUGCGCCAGUAACGAUCGGCUACUCCCCCUGCAAGCACCUCUCCUGCGAGAACGGGGGCUCCUGCAGUGAUCAACUAGUGGUCUACGAGGACGCCAGAAUAACAAACAGUCAGUCCUUAAUCCUGACAUCACCCCGCGUGGUCCACGAGAUGUUGUGCCGAUGUCGCGACGGUUUCACCGGCCCCCGGUGCGAGAGAAGACAGGACCCCUGCUCUCCCAACCCCUGCCAGCAAGGAGGCCAAUGCCGGAGAAUGGGCUACGACUUCGUCUGCACGUGUCCCUCAAAUCGUGAAGGAAAGCUCUGCGAACUGGAGCGAGGGGACGCCUGUGCGAGCAAUCCUUGCAGGAAUGGUGGCUCCUGCCAGGUCAGCCCAGACGGAUCCUCAUUCUUCUGCUUAUGCCGCGCUGGAUACAGAGGGAAUCACUGCGAAGCCGUUACAGACUCCUGCAGGCCGAACCCCUGCCUCCACGGGGGUCUCUGCGUCGGCCAGAAACCGGGGUACAAGUGCUCCUGCCCCGAGGGAAGGUACGGGAGACACUGUGAACGAUCAACCUUCGGCUUCGAAGAGCUGUCCUUCAUGUCCUUCCCAGCCCUCGACUCCAACACCAACGACAUCACCAUGGUGUUCGCGACAACCAAGCCAGACGCUCUCCUCCUCUACAACUACGGUCCCCAGUCGGGUGGACGAUCCGACUUCAUCGUCCUCGAGCUGAUAAACGGACGGAUAUCCUUCUCCUACGGCGGCGCCCGCAGCGCCAUAACAUCCCUCCAAGUUUCCUCAGGCAAGCGCCUGGACGACGGCGACUGGAGGAAGAUCACAGCCACGAGGAACGGUCGAGUGGUCUCCCUGAGCGUCUCAAACUGCCGAGAGCACGGGGACACCUGCGACGACUGCAAGCCCGGUGACGUCACGUGCUACGCAGACGACGUGGGCCCCACAGGAACCCUGAACUUCAACAACAACCCUCUCCUCCUUGGCGGCCUCAUCAACGCGGAUCCAGUGCUGGAGCGGCCUGGGCAGGUGCACUCCGACGACCUAGUCGGCUGCGUGCACUCGGUCUCAAUAAACGGUAGAGCCCUCAAUCUGUCGAGCCCCAUGUCCUCCAGGGGCAUCAGGAACACCUGUCCCAGGUCCGAAUCAGGGGUGUGCACCAGGGAGGACUCCACCUGCGGUACUGGUGAGCGUUGCUACGAUAAAUGGCACCAGGUCUCCUGUCAGUGCAACUCUCUAACAGCCCCCAACUGUCACGGAGCCCUGGAGCCGGUGAACCUCAGUGACAAUGGCUACGUGGAAUUCAAGAUUUCUGAGAAGCACAAAAGAAUGCAGUUGCUGGAUUACAUGUAUGGAGGGAGCACUCUGUGGACUAAGAGCCGAGUCACCAGAGCCACUAAGGACACGACACUCUUUCCGCUGGGGGUGACACCACCCAAGAAACUAGGCCUCAUGUUCAGGACGGUUAAAGCCAACGGAAUCCUCCUGUACGCAGCCACCAACAAGCACUACACGUCAAUAGAGCUGAGAAAUGGGCAGUUGUCGUACGCCUCGAUGCUGGGGUCCUCCGUCAACAUGACUGGAUCCAUAGAGGGAGGACUAGCCGAUGGCAGAUGGCACAAUCUGACGAUCUACGCGCACUCCAGAGGGAUUAGAAUCCUCAUCGAUGGAGUUCUAACAGGCGACGAACUGGAUUCCGCUGGAGUCCACGAUUUCCUGGAUCCUUACCUCACGAUGCUCUUCGUUGGAGGAGUGAGGAGGGACCUGUAUUUCCCCGACGGCUUCCCCAUCACCUUCGAGGGGUGUCUAGCGAACUUCACCAUCAACAACGAGAUCCAACCGUUCAACGGGUCAGGGUCGAUAUUCAAGGAGGUCCUGUAUCAUGGCAAGGUGUCGAGAGGCUGCAGAGGACCCAUCGGCAUCAGCGCUGCUGCGGCCGCUGAUCCCCUCAGCAUCGGAAUCACCUUGGUCAUCGUUUUCUUCGUUACUCUACUAGUAGCCAUUCUCGUGAGCUUCGUUGUCUUCAGGCUGCGACGGCAGAGCAAGGAGAAGGCCCCGUCAGUAGUCAACAAGAACACGAAUGCCAUUAUGACUGGGAACUCUCUGGUUGGAGCAGGCAAUGACAGCAUGAUGUCGAGGCACGAGAACACCUACAUCUCAGACACGUCAGAGCUGCGAGUGCACAAAGGGCCGGAGCUGAUCUCAAAGAAGUAUAAGGAGAGGGAGAUUAAUAAUGAGCACAGGCCUCAGAGGCCUGACAUAAUCGAACGAGAGGUGACGAAAAGCCCACCGAUAAGGGAUGAGCAUCCGCCCCUGCCCCCUCAGAGCUCCCUUCGAUCGUACGACAACACAGAGCCCGAUGUUCCUGAGCAUUACGAUCUCGAUAAUGCCAGCUCGAUAGCCCCCAGUGACGGUGAUGUCAUCUAUCAUUACAACAACUUCAGGGAGGGAAUGAGGUCGUACAAGGCGACACCACCGUUGAUCGGUGGCUAUGGAAAUCAUCACAAGCACACUGGGGGCCCUCAUCGACAUGCAGGGGCCUUUCCCCCGAGGGCCAUGCCCCCACCUAGUGUGGGACAGUCGUCAGGACCUGCUCCCAAGCUGCUGCAGAGCACUCCUUUGGCCAGACUCUCACCGAGCAGUGAGCUGUCAGCACAGCAGCCUAGGAUCCUCACUCUCCACGAUAUCUCUGGUAAACCUCUGCAAAGUGCUCUCUUAGCCACGACCUCGUCCUCCGGGGGAGUGGGGAAGGACGCGUUGAACUCGAAUAGUGAACGGAGUUUAAAUUCCCCGAUCAUGAGCCAGUUGUCGGGGUCGACAGCCAGCAGAAAGGCCCCCCAGUCGACCAAUGAGAAUGGAAAUAACGUGGGCUCAGGGCCUAUGGGGCUGACAGCUGAGGAGAUUGAGAGACUGAACUCUAGGCCCAGAACCUCGAGUCUUGUGUCCACUCUGGAUGCUGUCAGCUCCUCCAGCGAGGCCAGGGGACCUCCACCCCCACCUCACAGUGGGCUGCAUCUCCACAGGAGGCAUACACCGCCAACCGAGAGACUGGAGAGACGAAAUUCCUCGACUACUGACGAGAGUGGCAAUGACAGUUUCACUUGUUCUGAGAUUGAGUAUGAUAAUAAUUCGCUAGUGGGGGACAAACGGUCGGAUAAUUUGUACAGCAAGCCCAGUGAGGAGCCCCAGAGGACCAGUGAGUCCCCUCAAUCCACCAAGAAUCCACUUCCACCUAAUUACGAUGGGUUUGACAGCUCCUUCAGGGGCUCGCUGAGCACUCUAGUUGCCUCGGACGAUGACCUGUCGACGCACAUGGGGAGUCUGUACAGACCCAGCAACAAUGGGUCACCCAGUGCCAACACAGCCUUGAGCUGGGAUUAUUUAUUAAACUGGGGACCCAACUUCGAGAGCCUUGUUGGGGUCUUUAUUGAUAUCGCUGAACUACCUGACAGUGCUAACAGGGUGCCUAAUAGUCUGAGACUCCCUGCUAACAUCCCUAAACCUUCUGAAGAGUAUGUUUAGGAUGGUUCUCUUGCCAUUAACAGUUGUGUAUUUUUUUUAGGGGAGUUGUCGAGGGAGGAGGUAGUUUAAUAGGUAGUUAAGAAUUGGGGGAGACAUCUCGUAUCAGGAUGUCGAGAAUAUUUUUGUACAGUGUAGGUAUGAGAUUAUGUGGAAUUUUUGUCUUCCCAAGAAGCACUGAUACUGUGCCAUUUUUUCUUUGUACGGGGAGGUGUCUCAAUUUGGAAUGCUUCAGGAGUGACAAACUGAUUUCAUUUAAUGAGAGGUCAAGGGAAAAAUUGAGGGCUCAACAGGAAUCAGUGAAACUUUUUUGUUACUGAGUAUUUUAAGAGCGAAGUGGUAAAACGAUUGAAGUAGACUCAGCCCUUCGCGACUAGUUUAAUGCAUUCUAAUUUUAUUUAUUCUGGUUUUUUGGGAGAAUUAUUGAUUGGGUUCCAAAUUUAGACAGCUCCCUCUCAUCUGGAAAGACGUGUUUUUAUGGGGAAAUGAUGAAUUAUUGUACAUAGCGUAAUAUUUCGUUGAGCCAUCAAAUGGGGAGACAAUUCAAUCCUGAGACUGAUUUUUUUCUUUUCUUCAUACAACUGCCAUGAAGUUACACUGAAGGGAGUCUCGAGUGUGUACAUUUUUUUCUGGACAUUGUAAAUAAUUUUUUAAUGACUAUUAUUGAUUAAAUAGGAAAUGAGUGGAUGUUACUGCCUCUGUAUAAAAAGAUGCGAGUGUUA